AUGCUGAGCUCAGUCUGCGUCUCAUCCUUCCGCGGGCGCCAGGGGUCCAGCAAACAGCAGCCGGUGCCGCCGCCGCAGCCGUCCGAGUCCCUGCUGCCGCUGCCCCCGCCGCCACCGCCACCGCCGCCGCUGCAGCAGCAGCAACAGCCUGCGCAGCCCGGCCCCGCCGCGUCCCCGGCGGGCCCCCCGGCAUCCCGCGGGCCCGGGGGCCGGCGCGCCGAGCCAUGCCCCGGGCUGCCGGCGGCGGCCAUGGGGCGGCACGGCGGCGGCGGUGGCGACAGUGGCAAGAUCGUGAUCAACGUGGGCGGCGUGCGCCAUGAGACGUACCGCUCGACGCUGCGUACCCUGCCGGGGACGCGGCUGGCCGGCUUGACGGAGCCCGAGGCGGCGGCGCACUUCGACUACGACCCGGGCGCCGACGAGUUCUUCUUUGACCGGCAUCCGGGUGUCUUCGCCUACGUGCUCAACUACUACCGCACUGGCAAGCUGCACUGCCCGGCCGACGUGUGCGGGCCGCUCUUCGAGGAGGAGCUCGGCUUUUGGGGCAUCGACGAGACCGACGUGGAGGCCUGCUGCUGGAUGACCUACCGGCAGCACCGGGACGCCGAGGAAGCGCUCGACUCCUUCGAGGCACCCGACCCCUCGGGCGCCGCCAACGCUGCCAACGCCGCGGGCGCCCAUGACGCGGGCCUGGACGACGAGGCGGGCGCGGGCGGCGGCGGCCUGGACGGCGCGGGCGGCGAGCUCAAGCGCCUCUGCUUCCAGGACGCUGGCGGCGGCGCCGGGGGCCCGCCAGGGGGCGCGGGCGGCGCGGGCGGCACGUGGUGGCGCCGCUGGCAGCCCCGCGUGUGGGCGCUCUUCGAGGACCCCUACUCGUCGCGGGCCGCCAGGUAUGUGGCCUUCGCCUCCCUCUUCUUCAUCCUCAUCUCCAUCACCACCUUCUGCCUGGAGACGCACGAGGGUUUCAUCCACAUCAGCAACAAGACAGUGACGCAGGCCUCCCCGAUCCCCGGGGCUCCGCCGGAGAACAUCACCAAUGUGGAGGUGGAGACGGAGCCCUUCCUGACCUACGUGGAGGGUGUGUGCGUCGUCUGGUUCACCUUUGAGUUUCUCAUGCGCAUCACCUUCUGCCCAGACAAGGUGGAGUUUCUCAAGAGCAGCCUCAACAUCAUCGACUGUGUGGCCAUCCUGCCCUUCUAUCUGGAGGUGGGGCUCUCGGGCCUCAGUUCCAAGGCCGCCAAAGACGUGCUGGGCUUCCUGCGGGUCGUCCGCUUUGUCCGGAUCCUGCGCAUCUUCAAGCUCACGCGGCACUUCGUGGGGCUGCGCGUGCUGGGCCACACCCUCCGUGCCAGCACCAAUGAGUUCCUGCUCCUCAUCAUCUUCCUGGCGCUUGGCGUGCUCAUCUUCGCCACUAUGAUCUACUACGCUGAGCGCAUUGGCGCUGACCCCGACGACAUCCUGGGCUCCAACCACACCUACUUCAAGAACAUCCCCAUCGGCUUCUGGUGGGCCGUGGUCACCAUGACGACCCUGGGCUACGGAGACAUGUACCCCAAGACGUGGUCAGGGAUGCUGGUUGGGGCGCUGUGUGCCCUGGCUGGGGUGCUCACCAUCGCCAUGCCCGUGCCCGUCAUUGUCAACAACUUUGGCAUGUACUAUUCGCUGGCCAUGGCCAAACAGAAGCUGCCCAAGAAGAAGAAUAAACAUAUUCCCCGGCCCCCGCAGCCCGGCUCGCCCAACUAUUGCAAGCCCGACCCACCGCCACCGCCACCGCCCCAUCCUCACCACAGCAGCGGCAGCAUCAGCCCUCCACCACCCAUCACCCCGCCCUCCACGGGGGUGACUGUGGCAGGGGCCUACCCACCAGGGCCCCACACACACCCCGGGCUGCUCAGGGGGGGAGCGGGUGGGCUCGGGAUCAUGGGGCUGCCUCCUCUGCCUGCCCCUGGGGAGCCUUGCCCGCUGGCUCAGGAGGAAGUGAUUGAGAUCAACCGGGCAGAUCCCCGCCCCAACGGGGACCCUGCAGCAGCGGCGCUUGCCCACGAGGACUGCCCGGCUAUUGACCAGCCCGCCAUGUCACCAGAAGACAAGAGCCCCAUCACCCCCGGGGGCCGGGGCCGCUACAGCCGGGACCGAGCCUGCUUCCUCCUCACUGACUAUGCCCCUUCCCCUGAUGGCUCCAUCCGGAAAGCCACUGGCGCUCCCCCACUGCCCUCCCAAGACUGGCGUAAGCCAGGCCCCCCAAGCUUCUUGCCCGACCUCAACGCCAACGCUGCAGCCUGGAUAUCCCCCUAG